AUGGGUUUUCAUGGCGUCCAAGUGAUUCUGAUUUUGGGGCUUUUGGCCACCUCGUGCUUGGCUCAAGCCCCGAGAACUGCACCCUCACCGGCUCCGACCUCGCCGUCAACGCCCACUCCCACCCCAUCUCCUUCACCUACACCUUCACCUUCACCUUCACCUUCUCCGUCACCAGCUCCCACCCCUGCUCCGGCCACUCCACCGCCGGCUCCUGCCCCCGCUCCGGCCACUCCCUCGCCGACCCCUUCGCCUUCUUCCGGUGCUCCCCCGUCUGAGGCACCCGGUCCCAGCGGUUCUAGUUCCCCGCCGGCUCCCGGCCCAGGAGGCGCUGCUCCUGAGUCGCCAGGCUCCGAGCCACCGUCCGCCGCUUUCUCCGUCAGCAAGGCCGCCGUUGCCGGGACUGCUCUCGCCGCGACUUUCUUCGCCUUCGUCUUGGCUUAG